AUGCUCUGGAAUGACCAUAUCCAAAUCACCAUCUGCUUCUUUCUUACUGUACCUGGAGUUGUGGGAAAUAUCCUGAUAUUCGUGAGAUAUGUAUAUAACAUUCUCAUGGGGACUAAGAAAAAAUCCAUAGACCUUAUCCUCAUGCACUUGGCAGUUUCAAAUAUACUCAUGAUUUGUAGCACAAUUAUCAGAGAGAAAGCCAUAAUUGUUUAUUUCAAGAUCUCCCUAGGUGAGGUUGGUUGUAAAGUUGUGGUUUUUCUGGGAAGGAUGACUCGAGGACUCUCCAUCUGCACCACCUGUCUCCUCAGCAUGGUCCAGGCUGUCACCAUCAACCCCAGGGUGACCCUGUGGAGAAAACUCAAACCACAGACUGCAGGACAGGUUCUUCCCUAUCUCCUCCUCUUUUGGAUGUUAAAUUCUCUGAUAAGCUCCAACUUACUGUGUUAUAUCACAUUUUCCAGAAGCAUGAACAGAUCUGUGGCUGACAAGCAGAGUGGGAGUUGCGUUAUGCUGCCAUCUAGGCAAGUAGUGAAAUGGUUGUUCCUCUCCCUCAUGGCUCUCCGUGAUGUCAUCUUCCAGAGUCUUAUGGGCUGGAGCAGCGUGUCCAUGGCUCUCCAUCUGUAUAAACAUCACAAGCGUGUCCUCUACCUUCACAGCUCCAAGUGUGUGAACAAUUCCAGCCCAGAAAUCAGAGCCACACAGAGCACUCUCAUUCUCAUGGCCAUGUUUCUUUUCUUUUAUUUGGUUGAUUUCUCUUUCUCCUUCUUCAUAGGUUACACAGUGACUCAAGAUUCAACCACCUUUAUUAUGAAAGGUUUUCUAGAACUUGGUUAUGCUAUUCUCAGCAGCUUUGUCCUGCUCAGCAAAGAUGUCCUUGUUAGUAAAUACUGA